AUGAUAACGAGAAAUCUUUUGAAAGUGACAGCCCUCCGGGAGCACUGGGAUGAGGCGAAUGCACGUGUGCUCCAACGCAAAGCGCAGCUUGACGCCAUGCUUGGCGACUCGCAGCGAUAUGAAGCAAGGAGACGAGACGCUGACGCCUGGCUUUCUCGUAUGGAGGCGCGACUGGCCGCCAUGACACCUCCAGGACAUACCGCCGAUGUCCUGGAAAUGCAACUUAGAGAGCAAAAGUCGUUCCACGCUGAGGUGCACCAGUACAAGCACCAGAUCGAGCUGUUCGGGCAGCUGACCCAGCGGCUGAUCGCGGUGUACCGCAACGACGACACCACGCGCAUCAAGCGCGCCACCGAAUCAAUCAAUCAUCGAUACAAUGAGCUAAACAACAGUAUUGUGGCUCGCGGGAAGGCUUUACAUUCUGCUGUAUCAUCACUGCAGAAUUUCGAUCGUUCGCUGGAGAAGUUCGUUGCUUGGCUGAGUGAAGCUGAAUCACUGCUAGAUGCGGCGGAGCGUGAUCCUCAUCUGCUAAAGGUAAUCGAACCCCUGCAAUUAUACAUAUCUGGUAACGAGAUACGAGAGUUCCUAACAAAACAAGUAGUUUCACUCAACAUAAAUUGGAACUAA